AGCCUCUCAUUAAAUUCCCUCUACCGACACAUCCGAACAACUUUAAAAUAACCAACACCAAUGCACCACAUGUACCUCUAAGUUAAACAAAUAAAGUGGGGGAGCCUUUUCUUCUCACACCUCAUCUCCAGUACUUGACACUCAUCUUCUUUACUCCACUGAUAGUAUUUCAACUCCAAGUAGGUAUAACAUGAAGGAAUAGCGCUAUAGCAGUACUGUGAGUAUACUGAACAUGUUGAAGCAAUCAUCAAGUAGGAAUUUGAGGAUAAAAGGGUUCAAAUUAAAGCAUGUUUUUCAAGUAUUUGCACUGUUUCUGAUCUGUUUAUGGUUGAUUUACCAAGUAAAACAAUCUUACAGCAAGAGUAAAGUGGAGAGUUUGGGAGAAAAAUCAGUGAAGGGACAACAAGAUUUGCAAAAAGUUGUGAAGUUAGGGAGAAAAGAUCUGAAUCCCUUGUUGUUGGAUGAGUUAGCUGCUGAGUUUCAAAGACCCCCUGAUGAAGAUCUUGAACAGGAAGAGUUGGAUGAGGUGAAAAAUCAUGAGAAUGGUGGAGAUGAUGAUAGUGAUGGAGUUGGAGAACAUGAGCAAUUGGAAGAUAUUAUAGAUGAAGAUGAUAAAGAUGCAACAAGAAGAGAUGCAGUUUGACAAAAAACUAUAUAGUAUUAUUCUUAAUUAGUAGAUAAAUAAUAUGAAUAGGGUGUUGAAUAGCUGCUAUUUAGUAUUGUCAUUUUUGCGGCUUCAAGUACCGGAAACAGCUUCUUGAAGAAAUGCAGGUAAGACUGCAUAUAACUGAUUCUUGUAAUCCAACUCUUCCCUGGAUUUUGCGCGUAGUGGGAGCUUUAGUGCCCAGGCUGCCCUUUCUUUUAGUAUUGUGAUUUUGGAAAGCCAAAAUUCUAAAAGAACCCAUUAUUUGAUUAGAGAAGAAUGUUUUUGCUGGAGCACUUUAGGAUUUCAACAGGUGACUGGAAGUUAAUUGUCAAGUUAGUUAGCUGCUGAAAUAUAGAGAUGCAAGGAUUGCUUAUAUGUAGUAGUAAUUGUAAUUGUGUUUUUCAUGCUAAUAGUAUAUUACUAGUGUCAUUACGAUUUAUAGUGAAGGUGUAAUUCUGUGGAAUGGUAGUUUUCCAGAUUUAAUAUUAUCAUUCAAGCAGCAUAUUAUCAGAAA